ACGGAAAUGGCGGAUGGUCCCUAAAGAGCGGCUGGGCUGCAGAGCCGGGAGCGAGCGGCCUGGGCCAUGAAUGCUCCAGGCGGGGGCUGGGACGGGGCCUGCGGGGGCGUCCGGCUCCUCCUGGACCUUAAGUCGAUGGCUGAUGCUCUCCUGUCGACUCCGCUUGCGCCUCUCGCCCUGGUGGAGUACUGGACUUAACGGGAGAACGCUAGACUAGACACAAUUAAUCGACCCCUGCUGAAUCAGUUGCUGCAUGUCGAUCCAGCGGGUAAUGUAGACAAGCCCCUAGCCUCUGCUGAAUGGAUUCUUAAAGGGCCUUGACUGCAAUUUAAAAUAACCUCUGGGAAGUUGGUGUGCAAAUGCUGCCUGAACUGAACCAGGUGUGAAGCACUUCCUCAGGUGUAGGACAUGUGCUUGAAAGUCUCCCCCUCCGUCUGCAAAAUGAAGUUUUGUACAGUUUCAUGUACAGUUGAUCUGGAACAGCAUCACCGAAGUAUUCCCUCUGGACACCAUUCUAAAGGAAGUAUUUACCUGUGUGAGUGUAUGGGAUUAAUUUGCACAAGCACCAUUAUUCCUCAUCCAGCACUAUUUCAUAGAUGUUUCAAAAAGCAAAAUACGAGUCUACUCUGAUUAAGACAUGGAUCUGGAGCAAGGUGUCUUCAGUGCUUGACAAAGAACAUUUCCAGAUAUGUUGCAGAUAUUAAGCCUUUACCUCCCAACAUAAAAGAUAAACUGAUAAAAUUAAUGAGUAUGCAAGGGCGGAUAACUGAUUCAAAUAUCAGUGAGGUGCUGCACCCAGCGGUGGAGACGCUAGAUCUUAGAGACUGUGAUAUUUCAGAUACUGCCCUGCUGCAACUUUGUAAUUGCAAGCAACUGAAAAAAAUUAACUUAAAUUCUUGUAAAGAAAACAGACUAGCCAUCACUUCAGAAGGAGUCAGAGCUCUGGCCUUGUCUUGCCCUUAUUUACGUGAAGCUUCAUUUAAAAGAUGCUGCAAUGUAUCAGACACCGGAGUUCUUGCUCUGGCGCUCAACUGCCAUCUUCUACAAAUAGUUAACUUAGGCAGCUGCUCAGGCAUCACCGAUGUAUCCCUGCAUGCGCUUGGACAGAACUGCAGAUUUCUACAUAGUGUGGAUUUUUCAUCUACUCAGGUGACUGAUAAUGGUGUCAUAGCACUAGUUAGUGGGAUGUGUUCAAAGAAUUUAAAGAACACGUGUGAUCAUCAUUUUUUGCCAAUUACCAGUGUUCCCUCUUUGGACAUUUGGACACAAUUCUUCACAGGAGAUCCACAUGGAACGCUGUGUGACUCUGACAGAUGUAGCUGUGGAAGCUGUCCUUACCUGCUGUCCGGCGAUAUAUAUUCUGCUGUUUCAUGGAUGCCCACUGAUAACAGAUCGUUCCCGAGAAGCCUUGGAGCAAUUAGUUGGACCAAACAAAAUUAAGCAAGUGACAUGGACUGUUUAUUGAUUUGUAUAUAAAGUUCUCAGAUGGUACAGCUUUUUCAGGAAACAACCAUCUCUGGGGAACAGCUUUCUCUCUGGUAUCCACUGUCUUGUAAUACCAGAUUCCUUCAUUCUUUGUUUCUACUAGAGCUCUCUGUCAGCAUCCAAGUCCUUUCAUGUCUUAGGUGUGCCUGUCAAUACCCUGUGAAAUGAUAUUUCCUGUAAUUAAAGCAAUGGCUCUCUUUGCA